AUGGCUUCAACCAAAUCAGACCUCUCGAAACGCCGACGUUUCCAACCACCCAUCACAACCUUCUUUACGACAUCCUCCGACCCCAACAGUUCUUCCUCGCCCUCCCACCUGUCAUACAAUCAUUACUCCGCCGUCACGAACUCCCCCACGCCAGUCGUCCCCGCCAAAGUCCAGGCAUCGCUCCUCUCUGUUGGAAUGCGCGUGCGCAAAUCCAUCGCCGACGGAUACAAAACACACCAGGGCAAGGCCGAUAAAUACACAACCUUCUCAUGCGACAACGCCAACAAUGAUACCCCGAAGCCAACGAUAACAACUGCUACGAUCUAUAAUGCUACAAUCUACAAUUCGGAUGCACCGGUGCGCUCAGAACUCGCUCCGUUCUGCGGGAUGAGCAAAUCGGACGAAUAUACCUGCAUUGCCCCUCAACCCCUCCCUACCGCCCACCACUACCAUCACAUCAUCACAACAGAAGAAGACGACGCCUUCUCUAUUCCUCCUAGCAGUCAAGAGUCCGUCGACUCCACGCUCGAACCCACUGCGCACAAGAAACGCACCCGCCACGACUUUGACUUCGAUCCCUACGAUGACGAGGAUGAUGAAAUGGAUCCGGUCCACCCUCACUCCGGAACAAACAUAAGCGGGCGGACCAUUCUCUCACCAAAGGCCAGCUACCAAUGUCGCACAGCGCAGAUAUACAAAGCGGGCCAGACAAUGGAUCUCGACGACUUUGAAGAACCAUCCUUCCUUCGGCGGAGGGAUGAGGUUGAGGGCGAGAUCCAGAUGGGUGGGAUCUAA